AAAUAAGCCGAUCCAGAGGUUCUCUGAAAAGAGCCUAACUUCUCAUCACUAUUCAGGAGUGUGUGUGAGAGAAUUUCAGUAGUGUAUUUAAGAGCAUGCCAGUAAUGUAUGUGAAAGCAUUUUAGUAGUGUAGUGUAAUUCAACUAUCACCAAAUGAAUUCGUCUGUCAUAGGAAAGAAGGCUCUUGUGUUAGUUUUGGCCUUGCAGCAUUUUGAGGUGUACGUUGGUGGAGUGGUGUACACCGACCAUCACCCUCUGACAUUUUUUAAGGCUCUAAGGUCUCUAAAUCAGACUUGUUGGAUGGAUGCUAUUUUUGAAGGCUUAUGAUCUCACCAUUAAAACCAUGUGACCAUAAUAAAAGGUUUAUCUAAGACCUGAGGACUUACGUUGUUGUCCUUGACCAAUCAACUAAAGAACUGAUUUUUACAAGCAGAAGUUGCCAAAAAUAUACAAUUAUGUAUUAUCAAAACGUAACAUUUUUAAAUCAACAACACAAACAAACAUGUUUCAGUGGCAUUUGCUAUGCAAGUGUGGGUGCGUGAGUAUAAUUUUUGUGUUCGGGUAUGAUGUGUGGGUGUGUUAAAACCAAAACCAGCCUGUGCAGUAAUGGUCUGGUGAGAGAGCUAGAGAAUAGGUCAACUUAGGUUUCUGUAUCCAGGGUGGAGCUUUGGGCCCAGGUGGUAAAGAUCUAUCUCAAAAGAAAGAAUGUGCUGAAACCAGUAGCACACCAAGGGAGAAACUUGACAGCACUACUAAAAGGAAAAUUUGAUGUUGGCAGUUGUGUUAGGGUUACCAGCUCUAUAACUGCACCCCUAUUUUGCAACCUCUUCAUUCAUAUCCAGCGAUUUUCAACUUUGGUAUGGAGAAUAGAGGAGGAAGAAACAGGGUUCAAAAAGAACAAAAACCAAAGCUUGGACUUCAAACUGUAACUGUGCGGGAGUUUGAGCCCGGAGACAAACCAGAGGUACAGCGGAUCUUCUCUGAGGGAAUGAUGGAGAUGGUACCAGACACAGCCUUCAGAGGCUUGAGACAUCACCCAGAGAGUAUCCUGCUCUAUAUCACUCUGACAAGUAAGUUAAGAUGGGAAUCACAUUUCAUUGAUGCUUCUGUGAUUUUAAAAAAAAAAUUGCAGACUGAUUUGGUAAAUAGACAUUUUACAAGUUUUUCUUCUUGUUGUCUCACAGUUUUUCUUUCAUAAAGUCUCAUCUUUAUUUUGUAAGUUAGAGUAAUGAUACAUGUUUUCACUCUUGUCACAUAUGUCCAUAUCUUUUCUCUGGCAGUUCUGUGUUCAGUUAUGACCAUGUGUUGGUGGGUGAUAGGACUCCUCCCUGUAUUUUUUCUGUGUGGGCGUUACUUCUACAGCUUGCGUGUGAUUCAUGGUUUCCUGGAGCACGCCAUGAGCAGAGACAUGGGGGACAUUGAGGGCUUUUACAUGAACACAUCAGGUAUGUGUUUGAGAAUUCAAACUGUUUAUAUUUCUAACACUGUUGAACAAUAGAAUAGUCGCCAAACACAAUGUCAUCUGACCUUGAUCCUUCCUUUGUUAUCUGACACACUAAGUCAAAGCUGUCAACAAAGACAAAAGCUGUGUGAUGAGAUAGUAACAAGGAAAUUUUGGUUUAUGACGGUUUCGUUGCCGUCUGUGGACAUAUUGGUCUUUGCUCUUUGGUCCUUUACAGGCCCAACUAGUGUGUUCUGACAAAAACCUAUUCUGACUUUUGACCAUCAAAUGUAUUGUGAGGAUUUAUGUGGAAACAAAGCUGUUUUUUCAGCUGCUACACUGACAACUACCCCACCAUACUCGAUUCAGGCAUUAAAAAUUAAAAUUGUAAGAUCACCCAUCUUAUUUCUGAUGGUCUUGUGAUAUCAUCAGUGUCAACACAGUGUAUUUCAUAAUCACCAAAAACAACUCUUCACAGGAGUGUUGUAAGUCAUGUUACUCAGGGCUUUUGAGGUUCACAAAGUUAGGUUGGAUCAGGUCCAGCUCCACAGGUUGAUACUUGCCCCUAAAAUGCCCCAACUGGCUUUACUCAGUGAUGUAUGAAUGGGAAUAGUCAUUACUGAUGGGCUGUAUACAGAACAGCCUCUGUCAUCAGUGUGUGAAUGUUGUGUGAAUGGGUGAGUGUGACAUCUAAUGUGAAAGCACUUUAAGUGGUUAGAAAAAUCGAGAAAACACUUACAUGAGACAUUUAACACUUGUAGUGUAUAUUUAAGUCAUAUAACUAGAACGUAGCGUUGUGAGCAUAAAAUCACAGUCAGGUUGUAGGUUCAGUGAUGUACUGCCAUCUUUUUUUUCAAGGAGCCAACAAGCUGCUCAUCUGAUUUCCCCCUUUACAACAGUUACAUACGGACUUCAUUUUCAUAUCGUAACUCAAAUCUCAUACCAUAUUGACUGUAUUCAUGUAACAGAUUAAUAGCCAGACAUUGCAAAAUAAAUAUCACAGUUUACUUAUAUUGCUAUGAAUAUAAGUGGCUUGAGCAAAUGUAUAUCAUGUCUGCAGAAAUUUUGUAGAGCGAAACAUGGUGAAAGGUGGAGAUUGCUCAUAGUAUUUCUAACUUUCCAUAAUAAUCAAUAACUCUGAACAGUUGCCUUAAUGUUUUUGAUUAAAAGAGUUAUCAGUUAGCCAACCACACUUGCAGCACAGGUAUGUCACACACUUGAUAUACGGCUCAUUUAGAGGAAACGGACACACCCUCGGGGGAGCCAAAGAUGCACCCUUUUUAAAGUAUUCAAUUAAUUUAACCAACUAUCUGUAAAGUAAAUGUCAGUACAGACAGUAAUCUUGAUUUGGGUUAUUUUUUUUAUCUUACAACAUAUCUCAUCUCUUCUUCAUCAUGUACCUGCUUUGCCUUUGUCCUCUUCCUCAGAUUCCUGUCUGUGGGUAGCAGUGCUGGAAGGUAAAGUGGUGGGUCUGGUGGCAGCAGUCAGUCCAACGAAGUCAAAUGGUGCUGUUGAAUUGCAGCGGAUGUCCAUUGACAGGAGGUUUCGACGUUGUGGAGUUGGCGUCGUGCUGGGACGAAAGGUUCUGGAGUUUGCUGUCUCUCAGGGAAACUCUACUGUUGUCCUGGGAACUACUGCGUACAAACAAACUGUCCACAGGCUCUAUCAGCGCCUGGGCUUCAGGUGUGUAGGGGUCACCAAUGGGUUUGUCACCCCUGGCUCAAGACAGUCCUUACUUGAAAGGAUUUUCUACAGGGUCCGCUAUAACCACUAUAGCUUUGAUGUGCAAAAUAGCAGGACUGCUUUAAAUGGACAGCACUGAGUUAAGCUGAAACUCAUCAGUAAUAAAGUUAUCAUCAACACUGAUGGCUUUGGUUGUCUGUUUAUAGUCUGUGUUACUUUUUUUUCGGACAAGUCAUCCCUUAGUUUAUGCCCCUCUUUAUCAGACUGCAAAUAUUGAUAAACAUUUGCAGUCUGAUAAAUAUUUUAAUCGAUUAUUAGCCCUAGUUUUAAUCUACACUAACAGUCUUUUUUCAUAUUUUGGACGCAUUUUCUAAGUGUUUCAUCUGUUAUAAAUGUAUUUUACAUUGCUAAUGUUAGAUUUGUACUUUUUUACUAAAUUCAUAUAACUUCUCAUAUAACGUCUUUUCUCUGUUCAUGUCAGAUUCCGACUGGUACCUUUCCACUGAACUAAUUUAACUUAAUAAAUGUUUCAUUUAACUUAGCAGUUGUUUUUAUUUAAUUAGAACAGUGUGACUUAAAUCUUGAUAAGCAGGAGCCUGAUGAGCCACAAGGGUCUCUUAAUUGUGCCAGACAGGUUUGCUACUGUAGAUACACAACUCAAGAUCAACAUAAAAACAUAUUUCAGAGCACAUUUUAGUAAGACCACAUGAACAGUGGUUGGCCUGUUCACAUCUGGGAUAACCGGCCAAUGAGACUCGUUUAAGUCCAACCACUAUCGAGGGCAAUCCCUGCCCAAGGAGAUAAAUGUGAAUUAUACCCAGAAAUGGGCACUCAUUGUGAUGGAGAUCCUCGGCGCUCUGUCAUCCUGAGUCUAUGUAUAUUACUGUGUAUUACUCUACCUGUGACCAUAAUAAAAGGUUUAUUUGAUAGCUGAA